AUGCCCAGAUUGCCAGAUCCCCCGACCACCUUGCCCACUCCGCCAACUACUGGAAGCACGAGCGCAAAUUCGGACAUCGAGAUCGAAGUAGCCAAUGCAUCUCCGACAAAAAUGGCGGCGCUGCGGCGGCAGUUGGAUGAUUCAGAGCACUUGGGGGCUUCGCGCCGCGCAGCAAGCGUUGCUGCUCGCAGUGAGGCGAGCGACGAUGGUGGAGCAUCCGCCAUUGGCCGAUUAGCGCUGCACGAAUCUUCGUCUGACGAAGUGGACAGCAGAUCCACUUCGCCCACCGAUGCCUUUGUCAGGUCCCCGCCUUCCGCAGGUAAACCCGCUUUAUUAGGCUCCGACUUGCCUGCGCGAGCGCAGGUGGAGAGGACCAGCUCGGGCAGAGUCGAUCCGACGGACCCAAAAGCUCAUGAGGUGCAGGGACCAGAGUUGCUGGUUCCCUCUGACGAUGCGGCCAAGAGGUACAGUUCGUCCAGCACCGCUUCGGAGGCUGGCGUCAAGGUGCUUGGGUACGACGCCAAUGCUGUCGCAGCUUAUCGAGAAGGCAACGCCACAUACAGCGCGAGCCCGGGCCGAAAGGUCGAAGGUGCAAGCCCCACUACGGCGAAAGUUGCAGGCGAUGCGCCAACUUCUAGAGAUGCCACAAAUACAGUGCGCAGCUCAGAGAGAGAAUUGCACGCGUCCAAGGCUUCGGCAGCGAAUGCUGGGCCGAAACGCAGCGCCACGCUGGGCAACUUCCCGACGACCGAGAGCGGACCUGAUUCGUCGAAUGGCAAUUCGGUCGAAACGGCACAGAGAGCCAGAGAUGCUAUCAACCUCGGAAGGAGCAAAAGUCAGAAACUUAGAAGACCUCCACCUGGCGUGAUGCUCACUGCAGCAGACUUGGAUGCCAGCGACGACGAGUACGAGUGAGUAUAGGCCCGCGUGAUGUUGUUUUCUUCUGAAUCACGCUGCUGAUGGGGCUCGCUUGACUUUAACCUCAUUCUUUGCGCGCUUCAGACCUGGUUGGGCUUCCGUCAUCUCUUCUUCGCGCAAUUGA